AUGCCCAAGUCAAGGAGGUCAAAGGUCGUCCACAUGACGCAGGUCACCAAGAAGGGCCGCGAGCAAAAGGACAAGCUCUUCAGCAACAUCCGCGAGACCAUUCCCGAGUACCAGCGCUGCUUCGUCUUCAGCGUCGACAACAUGCGCAACAACUACCUCAAGGACGUGCGGCACGAGAUGUCUGACAGCAGGCUCUUCUUCGGCAAGACCAAGCUCAUGGCCCGCGCGCUCGGCCAGACGCCCGAGGAGGCCCAGGCCGACGGCAUCGACGGCCUCGCGCGCCACCUCUCGGGCUCCGUGGGCCUGCUCUUCACCAACCGGCCCGCCGACGCCGUGCUCGCGUACCUGUCCUCCCUCGCGCCCGUCGACUUUGCGCGCGCCGGCGCCGAGGCGCCCCGCGACUUCGUGAUCCCCGCCGGGCUCGUCUACAGCACGGGCGGCGAGGUCCCCGCCGAGCACGACGUGCCCGUCAGCCACACGCUCGAGCCCGAGCUGCGCCGCCUCGGCGUGCCGACGCGGCUCGUCCGCGGCAAGGUCGUCCUCGGCGGCGGCGAGGACGGCGAGGGCAGCGAGGGCUACACGGUGUGCAGGGCCGGGCAGGUGCUCGACUCGCGGCAGACGAGGCUGCUCAAGCUGUUUAGCGUGUGCAUGAGCGAGUUCCGGGUCCGGGUGUUGGCGUACUGGACUGCUGCUACGGGAGAGGUCACGGAUGUGGACCCCAAUGCCAUGGAAGAGGAUGACGAGGACAAGGAGUGA